GCCCCCUCUCAUUCUCAACACAGCGUUGUCACGACACACAACACCUCAAAAUCCCUUCAGCCUCCCUUCGAAUAGCACAAUCACAACCACAUUCCUCCACUAGGAUAAUUACCCCUUGCAAGCUGGAGUAGCAAGCUCACAAUUCUCCCCGCGGAUUUCAACUACACCAAUUCUUCCUACGCUGGCGACCAUCGACUCGGCCCGGUACACCUUUCGGCCCCCCGCACUGAUGACCCAAUUCUUCGGCUCAUCGUCGGGCUCGGCCUCGCAUCAGAACGAGAAGAAGAGCCCGUCAUCGCCAAAUAAUACUCGCUCCUCGUCCACGUCCCAUUUCCCUACAAAACUGAAAAAUUUCUUUCGAAUAAAUAGCAGCAGCACGAACGUAUCGACCACUGGCGAGCUACAAACCUCAUCGUCGCACCUAGGGAGUAGCUUACGGCCCAAAUCGCGCUUCCUAAGAGGUCGAUCGACCUCCUCUGCAAGCCAGCUCGAUACCGCUGACGUUUCCCCCACGGCUAAUGCAAAUCCUUAUUUCGCUCACCAGGGGCCUCCUGCACUGAGACAUCAUAAUGAUGGGAGUGCUCCUCCCUCCCCGCCAGUGACCCCCGAUGGGAUUUCCCUUUCCCCGUCCCCCAUUACGGGAGCCACUGGUGCCAAUGAUAAGGCGGCCCAAGCGAACAAGGAGGAGUUGGCAAGAAAAUUGAGAAGGGUUGCUUCGGCACCCAAUGCUCAGGGGCUAUUUUCGUCGGGUGGUCAGGACGGUAGACCCGUUACCGCGGCGGAUAGUGAAAAGUACAUGUCAUCUAACUCACUUGCUCCCUCAACGCAGAGUAAUGGGUCGACUGGGGAACUGAGAAGCACUUCUACGGCGAAUUUAUUGCCUGUGCCUAGUAAUAAUGAGGCCAUUCCUGAGAGACUUCGCACCGGAGCUUUCCGGCGGACUUAUAGUUCGAAUUCGAUCAAGGUUAGGAAUGUGGAGGUUGGUCCCCAGAGCUUUGACAAGAUCAAGCUACUGGGUAAGGGGGAUGUUGGAAAGGUGUACUUGGUACGGGAGAAAAAGAGUAGUAGGCUGUAUGCCAUGAAAGUACUGAGCAAGAAGGAAAUGAUCAAGCGUAACAAGAUCAAGAGGGCUUUGGCUGAGCAAGAGAUUCUUGCCACUAGCAAUCAUCCUUUUAUUGUUACGCUGUAUCAUUCGUUUCAAUCAGAGGAUCAUCUUUACCUUUGCAUGGAGUAUUGCAGUGGCGGCGAAUUCUUUAGAGCUUUGCAAACACGACCAGGGAAGUGCGUAUUGGAGGAUGAUGCAAGGUUUUACGCUGCCGAGGUUACGGCGGCGUUGGAGUACCUCCAUUUGAUGGGUUUUAUCUAUAGAGAUUUGAAGCCAGAGAACAUUCUGCUACAUCAAUCUGGUCAUAUCAUGUUGUCGGACUUUGACCUCUCAAAGCAGUCGGAUCCCGGUGGUGUCCCCACGAUGAUUGUGUCCAGGGGAGGAGCUUCGCAAAACUCGUUGCCCACAAUCGAUACUAAAUCUUGUAUCGCUAACUUUCGAACAAACUCGUUUGUCGGAACAGAGGAGUAUAUUGCACCGGAAGUGAUAAAGGGUUGUGGGCAUACAAGUGCUGUGGAUUGGUGGACUCUGGGUAUUCUAGUGUAUGAGAUGUUGUACGGAACCACGCCUUUCAAGGGAAAGAGCCGGAAUAGCACGUUUGCGAAUAUUCUGAGAGAUGAUGUUGGGUUCCCUGAGCACCCGGGGUCACCAUCAAUUUCGAAUGUCUGCAAAUCGCUGAUUCGUAAACUCCUGGUAAAGGAUGAGAACCGUCGGCUUGGGUCUCGUGCUGGUGCUUCUGAUGUCAAGACACAUCCAUUCUUUCGCUCAACACAGUGGGCAUUAUUACGCCAUAUGAGGCCUCCAAUGGUUCCUAAUGCAGGUAAGGGUAUUGAUGCGGUCAACUUCCGAAGCGUUAAGGAGAGUGAGAGUGUCGAUAUCGGGGCAGCUAGAGUCCAGGGUGUUCCAUUGAACAGUAAUCUAGACACUCCGGGGGACAAAGAUCCUGACCCGUUCGAAGAGUUCAAUUCUGUGACUUUGCAUCAUGACGGCGACCACGACCAUCACCAUCAAAUGUCUGAAGACAACUCGUCCGAAGACGCCGUACAUAUCAAGUCUGCGCAGAGGUAGGGCUAGAGGUGCGGAAAAAGGGUGACAGAAGAAACAGCACGUAAACUGUGUUUUGCCUUUUUUGCUUCACAAACCCAAUACAUUGAAUUUUAACGCUCUAAUUACCCAUCCGCGCACACACAGAUAGCUUGCGCAUUCUCUUUUUCUUUUCCAUUUUCAAUUUUCAAUUUCCAAUUUUUCAUAUGUUGGGAACGGGUGUAUUACGGCUUUCACAAUUAUUAUUCGUUUUCCUCAUUCAUCUCGUUUCUUGUUAAGUGGGAGUCGAAAAACUCCGCUUCACUUCAUUCUACUAUUCUACUUGGCCACCAAAAAAAAAAAAGCCACCUCGUUUCUGCCCUCAUGGCGUAGUUGCUGCGGAUUGGUAUACCUUCUUUCAUGUCUAUUUAUAUAUCCACGCUCUUUAGUAGGAGGGAGCGUCGCCUGCUCGCUUACCUGCUUGCUUUUGAUGUCUUGUUUUUGCUUUUCCCCCCGUUCGUGGUGAUUUGAAGUAUGAUAGGUAUCAUAGCGAAGUUUACUGGUGAUAUGUUUUGAUAUCAUCGGAGAUCUCUCAAAAAUUGGAUGGGUGGAUGGGUUGGUUGGUUGGUUGGUUGAUAUGGGGUGGAUGGACGGACGGAUGAGAUAUGAGGGAUGUAGGUGGGGUAGGGGCUAGGGUAGGUUUUUUUUUUUUUUUUUUUUGUUAUAUUUAUAUCAGACUCAUUGAAAUCCCA